CCAUUUAAAUAUGAGAAGAAACUUCUCAGUGAGGUGCCAGAGCCUGGCCCAGGCUGCCCAGGGAGGUUGUGGAGUCUCCUUCUGUGCAGACAUUCCAACCCGCCUGGGCACCUUCCUGUGUAACCUCAUCUGGGUGUUCCUGCUCCAUGGGGGGAUUGCACUGGAUGAGCUUUCCAGGUCCCUUCCAACCCCUGACAUUCUGUGAUAGUAAGGUGCAUGAAGAAAUCUGUGACCUUUUAAAGCAAGAUGUGCUUUUCAAAGCCCUGAGAUAUGAACGUUUCUAGGGUUGGGUCUUCUGCUGCCUUGCAAAUACCAAAAGCUCCUCCAGAGCUGGGGUGUGGUGCUUCCAGAGGAUGAGGUGCAACUCCUUGGCUGUUGCUCACUUAAUUAUUAUUUGCAUGCGGUUACAGUGGCUGUAGUAGGUGCCUCUGAGCAGAACACCAAUCCUGCUCAGCCCCUGCUAAUAUUCCUGUCGGCAUUAGCAAGGUCACUCCCAAAGUUUUGCCCCCAGGAGUCACACCCCAGGCUCUUGAGGAAAUCCCUGCGUCAGAGAAGAACUGAGUUUGACACCUUCCUACUGUACAUCGGGUAGUUUGGCAGCGUCCUUCUGCCAGCACCACGGAUUAUUGCACGGUGCAAUGCUCUGAGCUGCAUGGAAAAAUUACCCCUUAAGUCCUAUAUAACACCCCAUGGAAAGAGGUGGUGACGUCUCACAGCUGCAUUUUGAAGACCACCCAGCCUGGACUUAUUUAUGCUGACAUAACCUUGGUCACAACCCCUUGGCAGGUCAUGGAAAUCACUUUGCAAGAGGACAAGAGCUGUGCCCAGAUCCUGUGUGUAGGUGGGAUGCAGGGAGGAGAGCGGGGUGGCAGAUGGAGCCACCACGUUUAUCCAGGCAGGUGUUGUGGUCCUGGGUAGUUGAGUUGUGAUUUCUAGCAUGCCUGGAUCCAUCUCUGUGGGUGAUGAUGGUGCCAAGAGCGUCCCAUGGCAUCGAGUCCUUCCUGCCUCGGUUUUGUCGGGGAUGUAACCACAGGGUUACAAUGAACCUGAGAUAAACCUUGACUAUCUUGUGUGGGUGAGGUGUUCAGUUUUCUCACUCCAGGAUCUGGUCUGGACUCGGAGAAAAAUAGCUCCGACCACCUUGGCCCCACGGCAGCAAAGCCAGGUGGGGACAGCACAGCCCCGAGCUGUCCCUGCGGAUGUUGAGCCCCAUUUCACACUCCUUCUAAACGCAGUCGUGCAAAAACACCUCAGACUUUUCAGUUUUGUCUGUUAAAUCCGAAUGCUCGGACUAUUAAGUUCAUCUCUUCAGUGCUUCAUCCUUCAAACAGCCUCAGGGGAGGAACGCCGCUCGUGAUGCUGGUGGUGUAGGGCACCACAGCUGGAUGUGGUCCUGCACCUGGGCAUGAGCAGGAGGUGAGAUCUGCCCCAAAAUAACGUGCCUGAAAGGCUGAUGGUGGCCACAGGCUCCUCAGGCUGUUUUUUUCUUCCAUUGGCAGCCUUUCCACCCCUGGCAAGGAAUCAAAGACGUUUGUCCAGGAAUUAAGACUUGCUGUAGUUCAACAUUAUUUUUUCCCAUUGUUUUCCGUCUUUCUAGAGAUGGGUCCUUUGUUGUUUCGUAUCUUUAAUGUGGUUUCUCAGAUAAAUGAGAACUAAUUUGUCACACCUUCUUUCCGUCUCUCUUAAAACAGCUUUUGAACUUGCUGGACAACAUCUCUAACCGUCAGGUACAAGUCUCAGACACUUCAAGUUCCUGCAGAUUUAAUUAGAGCUUGCACCUCAGGAGAGACAGAUAAACCCCAUCAUGAGACAGAGCUGGAGGAAAUCAGGCUUUUGUGGUUCCAUAAAAAUCUUUUCCUGUGGUAAUAUUUGCCUUACUGGGUACCCUAGGGCCAGUUUGUCAUGGAUCACAGAAUCACACAAUGUCAGGGAUUGGAAGGGACCUGGAAAGCUCAUCCAGUGCAAUCCCCCCAUGGAGCAGGAACACCCAGAUGAGGUUACACAGGAAGGUGUCCAGGCGGGUUGGAAUGUCUGCAGAGAAGGAGACUCCACAACCUCCCUGGGCAGCCUGGGCCAGGCUCUGGCACCCUCUCUGAGAAACCCAAAAGCUCAUGGCCAACACAAAGAGCACGUUGACUGCUACGACCCCAAUGGAUGGGAGAGAUGGGUCCCAACGCCAGCGACGGUGCCACCUCAUCACCCUGGUGCUCCCUGACACGACUCAGAAGAAGUACAGGUCUUCUCCUUCACUCCCAGGGCACCAAGUGUGAGGCUUUAUGGAAGGGCUGGUUUUGGAGACACUGCUAAUGCCCCCACCCCAGCUGCUGCUCUUCCAAGUGGGAUUUUCCAUCCACUGUUACUUUUCUCACACCAUCUGGUGACUAAUUUAGCACCUAGAAAAUAACACCAGCAUUUCAGUGAAAGUUUAUGUGGGUUUUUUCAAUUCAAUUCAAUGAGGCUUUUCUUCAUUAUUUCCUGCCUGCCAUCAGAACAUGUAAAUUAAGCAGCGUUUCUAUGAUGCCGGGGCAGGUUUACCUGCAUCAGCCAAAGGAUGCAUUUCUUCUCCAAACACAACGUGCCAUCUUCCUCCUCCUCCAGCUCAUCCUGGUCAACGCAACAUCUUCCAGCUCAGCCUACAUGUGCACACACACGCGCUUAUUAACUUUUACGUCUUAAUUGAAAGGGCAGCGUAUGUUUAAGCCUUAAUAAUGACAUCCUUUCUUCCCAAACAGUCUUUAAUCUUGAAAUGGAGCGGUGAACAAAGCCAGCAGAGCAGGAUUGGUGGCACGUGUGCGGAUGGGAGCCACCUGCCAAGAAAUGAGAUUUAGGGCUGGGAUUCAAAGCGUUUGCGCGACUGUCCGGCAAAUAGAGUGUUGAUGGUGUGGGGAGGCAAUGACAGCCCCGUGGGUGACCAAGAGGAGGAUUUGAUGAGCAGGAGCUGAGUGUGAGGUUUGUUCCAGGGCUAUUAAAUAGCACAGAAGACAAAUCUCUAACAUGGUGCCCCGGCAUGACUCUGUGUGCUGGUCCAUGGGCCACCCCCGUGCAUUUGCCUUUACCUCUUCCCAGCCUGGCUCAGUAAUAUAAACUGACAUGGUUUAUGGAUUAGGACUUUCCAUUGCUAUUUGUCCUGAGAAUAAGACAGUUCAAGGCUCUGGGUGCUCUUACAACACCAAAAGAGUAGAAUACGAAGCAGCUUUUCCUUGCAUGGUGUUUGAGAUACCAGACUCUGAAGCUGUAAUUGCAGCUGUAAGGGAAAUAUUACUUUAUGGUCAACAAUAUGGCUUAAAAAUCCCCCUAAGCAUGAGCUAUAUCCAUGUCCUGGUGCUUCAGUGCUGAAAGAUGAUAAAAAUGAUGCUCAUGAAUAAGAGUGGUGGUUUUGUGAGCCCAACCUUUGCUCUUUGGAGGAGAUUAGGUCCUCGGCUUUCAGAGAUGCCAUUUAAAGAGGUUCAAAGGUUGAACGAGAAACCAUUGCUCUGAUGGAUGCAGUGCAAUGUGUUAUUGGUGAGGAGUCUUCCAAGGAUGCUCACUAAAAAGAAAAAGGAAAACAAUGGGAAAAGGAAGAAUAGGGAAAGAAGAGGUGAAGGAAAAAUAAAAGAAAUAAAAGGGGGGUACAAAAUAAAGAAAAACAACAAAAAAAGAUGUUGUUCAAAAAGGAGCAGUAAAUGUGCACUGCUAAUCAACCAAAGCCCUGCCAAGCAAAUCUUUUGUCAGAUCAUCUGCCCGAAAUCAAAACCCUGGACUCAGCAAGCCCCGGUACCCGCAGUUCUGCCUACGAAGCAGGAAAGCAAAAAGCCCCCGGUUCCCGCUGCUUUGUUAAAAAGCCCUCGCAACACCAGCCCCGUCUCCCCCCACCUCCAGCUGCUAUAUAGCGGGGCGUCCAACGUUUCUGUCCGUCGCGGUAUUGGUUUGGUUCUCGCUUUUGGUCUUGGAUAGCAGCCGGCAGAACAUGUCUCAAUACUCAGGAAAAAUCACUUUCUACGAAGGCAAAUGCUUCACGGGCAGAAAGCUGGAGGUCUGCGGCACCUGCAGCAGCUUCCAGGACCGAGGUUUCCUCAACCAGGUCAACUCCAUCUGCGUCCAGAGCGGGGCUUGGGUCUGCUUCGACCACCCCAACUUCCAAGGGCAGCAGUACAUCCUGGAGCAUGGCGAGUACCCCAAUUUCCAUCGCUGGAAUGGCCGCAGCGACCACCUGGGCUCCUGCCGGCCCAUCGGGAUGCACGGCGAGCAUUACAGGAUCAAAAUAUUUGAGGGGAGCCAUUUUCGCGGUCCCAGCCUGGAGCUGACGGAAGAUUGCUCCUUCCUGCAGGGACAAGGCUGGGACAAGACCUGCAUCAACGCCCUCAAAGUGUACGGCGACGGCGCGUGGGUGCUGUAUGAGGAGCCCAACUACCGAGGCCGUAUGUACGUGGUGGAGCGAGGCGACUUCAGCAGCUUCAACGCGUGGCAGGCGCGCAACGCGAGUGUCCAGUCCAUCAGAAGAGUCGUCAACUACUUCUAGCUGAGCUUUGAUCCCACCAGCGAUGGCCUGCUGAGACCAGGCAUCACUCUCCUUCCCACUCACUGACCCACGGAAUAAACUGUUAAACACCAA